AAAACAGUACUGUUAUAUUGUGUAUAUAUUAUGUAUGAGGAGGUAUACAUGAUGUUACACGUCAACAGUACAAAACGGGUGGAAAGGAAAUUUGCAAGAACUGCACAAUAUAAGUGGCGUGCCUCUUUUUUGGGGAACGUGUUUCUAGUGUUUGCUACGUGAUCGAAUGAAGGGAGCGGGGUCAAAUUCUGCGUUUGAAGAAAAAAUGAUCUCACUGCCCAGGCUUUCAAACGAGAAUAGUCACGGUGAAGGAAAGCUUAAACGUUUACAUAAAACACAAAAUUAUAUCCCAAGAGGGAAAAAGGAACACAUGAACCACGAAAAGCUAAUGAAUUCUCUUUUUUAAUAGACUUUUCGCUAUGUCUUUUUACAGACGGUGCCUGUCUCCGCCCUUGUCACGCCACAGGAACGUCUGAACCAAGGCUAUGUUUUGAUGGCUCGGUCGUCGCUGCGGGGAGAGCUGCGGCAGCACCACGGACAGCGACGAUGAUCCGGAUCCGGAGGAGAGCGCUUGUGACCCUCAUCCUGUUCACGCUCUUCAUAUUUGGAACCAUAAUGGGCCUGCGGACUCUCAAACCCACCGAGGGUUUCUCGAACCAGACACCGGGGAUCGGCUUCGUUGCGGGUGCGGGUGAAAGGCUCGUCAACGGCAGGCCCGAUGUGAAAGGUGAAGCGAACCAAAUUCAGAGUCAAGUGGUGCUGAGCAGUUCGGAUAAAGACUCGAGCAUAUUCUAUGACGUUCAUAUAUUCUACUACCUGUGGUACGGAGCCCCAAGCCUGGAUCAGAGAUACAUUCACUGGGACCAUGUCCUUGUCCCACACUGGGAUCCGAAGAUUGCAGCCAGUCACCCACAAGGAAGACACACGCCUCCUGACGACGUUGCGUCUAGUUUUUAUCCCGAACUGGGACCCUACAGUUCCAGAGACCCCCGGAUUCUGGAGUCCCAUAUGGACCAGAUAGAAGCUGCUGGAGCAGGGGUCUUGGUGUUGUCCUGGUACCCUCCUGGUGUGGCUGAUGAUCACGGGGAACCCACCGAGGGUCUUGUUGCUGCUGUGAUGGAUGCAGCCCAACGACACAGCAUCAAGGUGGCGUUUCAUAUUCAGCAGUAUAAAGGAAGGACAGGGGAGAGUGUCCAUGAAGACAUCAAGUACAUCAUUAACAAGUACGGUACACACAAGGCCUUCUACAGAGUGCGUUCCAGUAUGGGCCAGGUCUUACCGAUGUUCUACAUCUACGAUUCCUACCUCAUCCCUGCUGAGUCCUGGGCUGACUUCCUGACUACCAAAGGCUCCACCAGCAUCAGGGGAAGCCCUUAUGAUGGAGUUUUUAUUGGCCUGGUUGUGGAGGAGAGGCAAAAACACGACAUUGUAGCCAGUGGCUUCGAUGGAAUGUACACCUACUUUGCCUCCAAUGGCUUCUCUUUUGGCUCCUCCCAUCAGAACUGGGAUGUCAUCAAGAGCUUCUGUGAUUCCCAUAAUCUACUCUUCAUCCCAAGUGUGGGUCCUGGAUAUGUGGACACAGCCAUUCGACCAUGGAACAACCACAACACCAGGAACCGGGUCAACGGUCAAUACUACCAGACCUCUCUGCAGGCUGCGCUGUCUGUGCGACCAGACAUAGUAACCAUUACAUCUUUCAACCAAUGGCAUGAGGGCACACAGAUCGAAAGAGCUGUGCCAAAAAAAACAGCCAACCGGCAGUACUUAGACUACCAGCCCAAUCAACCAGACCACUACUUGAAAUUGACCCGCCAGUGGGCAGAGAACUUUAAUAAGGAAAAGGACAAGUGGCUGUUGUAGAUCAGUUGCCAAAGUCACAUAGGUCCCAGUGCAACUGGACAACUCUUCCAAGCAUAAAAGCAUAAAAACAAAAACCACAGACCAACAUACAGCACCAAUAGAAUGCUUUCGAGCAACACCGGGGACAGUAUCUGAUGAUCAAGACUUUCUUCUGAGACUGGUUUUUGCCGAAAUGCCUUUACAAAUAGGAUCUGUACCAGUUAAAAAAAAUGUCAAUACAUUUUGGCCAUCUUAAACUGGGACAGGCACAAAUAACCCAUGGCUCUUGCUACCUAUAACAGUGGAUUAUAAAUGAAUUUGUCAAGCGUUGGUGCACACAUUUUUAAGACGUCACAUCUGUUGGUGGAAUGAGAGUUUAUUUUACAUAAUAAAAAACAGUCUACAGUAAUCCUUGUCUUUUCAGAUCCUCGUAGGUCUUCUUGUUGACGACAUUGCCAACAGAGUCCUCGUACUCCUCCUAAGAAGGAGAAGCAGAAAACAGGUUCACUCAUCCUUCUGCUUUCAAUACACAGAAUUCGAUCAGGGAGAAGCUCGAGGGAGGGAUAUCAACAACUACAGAUAUUGUGACAUGACCAUAAGCAAGUAUUUUUCAGAUCAAGUCAUCUUCUGUUAAAUAUGGGACUGCAAACCUCAGUGUCGGGUUGCCAUCGUUCAGACGCCUUCUGUGACUUCAGCUUAGCCCAAACUGGUGAGGAGAAACCAUAAUGAAAAGAAGAUCUACAAUAUAAAAUCUGACUGAGGAUAAAAACCCCUUACGAGAGACUGCAUCUUCGAUCUGGGUUACAUUAGCAAAGUGAGCCGUGUUUGGGAUUCCCAGGCAGCGCAUUCCGUGAGCAUGUCUCCAUUCCUACAAGUAGACACAGUUAUGUUCAAAAACUUGCUAAGGAGAAAUGGUGAAAGUGUAAGUGUACAUACUGCAAAGUGUCUCUGGAAAGCUUUGGGGCCUCUGUAGGUGUAGUUCCCACAGAUCUCACAGUUAUAGUUGAUGUUAAGUCCGUGGAGUUUGUAGAGCCAGUAUGGGAUUGGCUGAAGGGAGAGACAGUGGGGGAAAAAGGUGAAUAUCAGGCGGAUAAGCACACCUCAGAGAGUACCCUGACAAAGCUGUGCCCUUGCUAGUGGCUGUGCACCAAGUGUCAGUAUGCACCCCUGAAAGUGUAACAGUGAGUAUGUGCUUGAGUGUCUUCGCCAGUGCCAGAAUCAACAUACAAAUGCUCAAGCAUUCAAAUUACUGAGAAAAAAUUGUGAUCGAUGGAAAAGAACCUCCUUGGUAGCAAUCAGAAUAGGAGUUGUCAUUGAACAGGCCUGGCCAACAUGUGGCCAAAUGAGCUGCCGAACCGGCUGCGAUUUUGGUCAGGUUGCUAUUGCGAUGAUCGUUCAUACAGGAAAUAAGAGAAAAAAGUAAGAGCUAUUCCGGCGAAAUGUCAAAAUAUUGUUCAAAGACUUUCAAUUGAGUUUAAUUUUGAAACAUUAACAUUAAGCCUCGCCAUACGUUCAAUUCUGAUGCGAGUCGUGGUCCCAAGACUUGGAGCAUCAGAGACACGAUUUACAGUACUAAGUCCCAUGUUUCACUUUGUCAUUGUUUCAUCUAUUAUUCAUUGUUGGUUGUCGUGAAGUCCAUUUAAUUCAGUGGAGUGAAGAUGAGACGCUCCGGUCAGCAGCGUUGCCGUUAUCGGGGCGACAUUAUUGGUGGCAUUAGCCAUGUAAAAAGUAAAAUAAAUGGCGCACACAUUUCAAUCUUCGCCACUUGAUAUUUCAAGGAGGAUCACAGUAAAAUGUAUGAAUUUAAAAAAUAUGUGCACAAGAGACAUAGGCGAACCAGCAACCUUGCAACACACAGGGAUGUGCUUUAACCGUUAUUCUGCAGCUAAUUUUUGGAAUAGUCGUACCUUUCCAUCCCAGCCUAGUGGCAAAUUCUUGGGGUUGUAGAUGAUCUCGUUGUCCUCAUCUUCACUCUCACUCUCACUUAUCUGUUCCUCCUCCUCUUCUUCGCGCUCCUCUCCGGUCCUGGCCUGCUUCCUCUGAACGUUCUCGUGAGUCAGCUGCCUCUGCUCCUGUAGCGUCAUUGAUUUCACAUUGCCAAAUCAUGGGACAAUCUUCAGAUUUGCUCAAUCCAGACAGAGUCUUCCUGAGACUCAGUCCUCCGUUUACCAUCCCAACACUAGACAGUUAAUUUUGAUUCUUAUUAUUGUUUUUAAUACUUGUAUCCUGAAUUUGAAAAUGUCAUGUCAGACCCACAAAGUGACAAAAGAACUAAAAGAAACUCCUUCAGUGAGAAACAGUUCAACUUGCAUUCAAUGAGGGGAUAAAACUUCAAACCAAUUAUGUUUAGACUUUAAUAUCCACCUGCCCUAGAGUCCAAUGAGACCAAUGUCACAGUAAGUUAAAUAGAUAGAAAAUAUUUCACUGAUUUUGGGGGUUCCGUGAUUUUAUUGCUGCCCUUAUGCCAACCAUUUAGAGAACAAUCCUGUCAUCUGUCACUUACCCCAAGAACUUCCACAUAUUCAUAGAUUUGAGCUUCCAGGAAGCCAAUUUCCUUGUUCCUCUCUGUGUCUCUGUUCCAGACAGACAUAAUGAAGACAUUUUAAUUCAGAAAUAUUAUCAAAGAUGAUAUGAUAUAUGACACAAACACACACUCUUACUUUUUGGGGCCUUUGGCUUUGGGGUUCUUAGCAAAAAGAGAUGGAUCAAGGGACUCCAAAGAUUUUCCCUUUGUGCUGAAGAGCCUCUGGGCUCUCUCUUCCAAAGUUCUGUCAAGGAUACAUGAAAACACGUGUUCAAAGCCCAGGUAUGAUUAUGAUAAACUUAAAAAAGAAGACUGUAAAUGACAGGAUGGAAUACUAGAAGCCAGAGAUUGUUUACAUCCACGAGCAGAGAGUCAUACACCAUCAUCAAUUGCUCUUGUCAUUAAUGAGUCGCAGUUUAAUACACAGGGCUUCCCCACCAGGAUUUUUUGAGACUGUCGGGGAGACACUUCGCACGUGACAAAGCAAUACAAUAGCAAAACUUGUGUCAUGUAUUUCGUGGAUUAUCAAUGGUCAAACUCAUUAUAAUUGGGAAUCCUUGCAUGACCAAACAAAUGGGGAGCAAAUGGGAACACAUGGGCCCCACUUCAGGCGGCCUUCUGAGUGGUCCGGUGGAGUUCUGUUUGGUGACAGCCAUAGUAUUUUAAAUCAUGAUGAAACAACACAUUUUGGUCACACACAAGUUUGUCGAAACUGAUCUGAAGAAAAUGAAUCAUCUUAUUUUGCAGUGGCAGUGCACCACGGGAUUUACAUGUUGCAGAAACCCUGAUGUAUCCAAAUAGAUCUACAUCCAGCUAAACAAUCCAACUCUAAAUCAGGCGGUCAUCGCUGGAUCUCAUUCAGGUUCAACAACAUGAAUGAAAAGAUACAGAGACAGACACAUGGCUUGAUCAAGUAAAACACUGAUUAUCAGUAACUUCCACUGUCAUUCUGCUGUCAUUUCUUGUAUUAACAAUACAUUGUGAUAAUGAACCAAAAUGGAACUACUGCUUUUCCAGUUCCUGCAGUGCUAACCAUUUAGCUCCUGAUGAUGAACUAUAAUAAUUCUGACAGAGCAAAAGCAAGCUUAAUAAAUAAAAAUGCUAGUUAUAAAAUUAACUUUAGUAAACCUAAGUGAUUCUCACCCUCCACAUUUCAAUCCCAGUGCCAUGAGAGCAGACUUCAGUCUGUCCAGACCCAGCGACGCCAAUUCCUUCAGGAGAAAUGAGAGACUAUUUAGUUUUGUCUAUAGACAUUCAACUCUGAAACAUGGCUGUUGUCCUCACCUCCCAAGAUGAAAAGGCAGACAGGUCCAGAUGAGCUCCAGCAUGAGUCAAAGCACUGCUUGCUUCUUUCUGCAAGAAACCAGAGAAACCAGAAAAAUACUUCAGGACAUUGGACUACAAGAUCGACUAAAAUAAGGAACCACACUAACAGGCCAGCCAGGAAAUGUGCCACUCUCCCACUUUUUCUCAAAAUCAGCCAGCACUCUGCCAUAGAGCUCGUUGUGGUCCAGCAGAGGCUUGACCCUGUCAGUGUAGUCCUGCAAAUACUCCAGUAGCAUCUCCAAAUACCUUCAGAGGAAAGCACGGUCAGCACACAGAAAUGUGGAUGGGAAAUCUUGAACUUGCCUCUUAUACUCAGAGUUCUUCCUGUCCUUUGGGAUGUCGAAGAGCUGGUCAAAGGAGGACAAGUAGGUGAUGUACUCCAGCUUCUGCAAAUUACAGGUCACAGGUUAGCAAAAGCGAAAAAGAUGGAUGCGCUGGAAUGAUUCAUUUAUACCUCUGCUCCCUUAAGGUUAAUGAACUUCAGGUAGCAAUCAUGGAGAUCCAGGUAGCGGCCAUACCCUUCCUCAUCUGUGAACUCCACCAGAUCUGUGGAGACAUAGGUUAGCGGCUGAUAUGAUUUCUUCUUCUGUCGUAAAAAAUUUCAAAAUUGAAUGUGAGAAUGGAUAAAGAAAAAAAGGGCCAACAAAUCUUAUUUGUAGAUCCAAUGGUGCACAUUUUCUGCAAUAUCCUAACAGUGGUAGUUAAAAAUAAUAAUUAUAAUAUGUAAAAAGAAAAUCAAAAAACAUAUCCAUUAAUUGAGAAAAAAAACACUUCUGCAGUUAAUAGGCAGAGGCAGAGUGACAAUUUAGCAUAUAAUAACUUUUAAAAAAUAAAAUAUAAACUUACUGUAGGCGAAGGCUUAAAUUUAGUAGUUUGCAACAGAAAUGACUUACUCUGAGCUUCUUCACUUAGAUUAUCUCUUGCUUUCAGUAGUUCUUCGAACUCUGCAGACAUGGGGAUGGAGAUCUGGAAGACAUGACAUGACAUUGCAGCCUUGUGUUAUAGGGGUUGCAACUAACGAUUAUUUUCAGUUCCUUUGACUUAUCUUUCAUUUUCUUUCAGUUAAUCAGUUACCUUGGUUUGCAUCUAUUUUAACUUUCUAUUUAACCUUGAGCUGCUUCCAUUAUCUGACUUGUGAAAGUGACAGUUGUACUCAAACAACAUACAUUUUUAAACAAAUAUAUUACAAUAACGACACAUAAUAAAGUGAUUCAAAAGGGAAUGGGAAUUGAUGAAAUUUUAACUCUUCUGAUUCAAUUUUUCGAUACAACUUUAGGAUUUAGCUCCUUAGUGAUUCUCAAUUAGGAUCAGUAGAUUUGGGUUUCGUUUGGAUUUCAAUUCUAUUUACAAUUCUACUUGCUGUAACUGUAUCAUAACCAUUUGUAGGUUGAUGAAGAGUCAAAUCGGGCUGCAGCAGGUUUUUGUUCCAGCCAAUCAUCUUUACACCAGUCAGGUGACUAAGGACUCUAAUCAGCUGAUUGUCUGGUACUGCUUGUUUCAGCUGAUUGUUUAAACCAGGGGUGUCCAAACCGGUCCUCAAGGGCCGCAGUGGGUGCAUGUUUUUGAUCCAACCCAAAUAAUGUACAAGUGUACAAUGUACAACAGCUUCACCAAUCAGGUGUCUUGAGACUGUAAUCAAUUGACUCUCAGUCUGGUGAUGCUUGUUGCAGCCGACACCCGAAUGGUAACUCCGGCUAACCGCAGGCGAAACCAAUGCU